UUAUAAGCUUUUCAAACUAUCACUAACCUCGAUCAAUCCAAAAUAUAAUGGGGAUUCCAAAAUGGUUUGUCACAUUUUGUUUCGUGAUUUUCGCCGCUGCAGUUGGUCCUACAGCAACUGGUCUUGUAUGGUUUGCACGAGUAAAGGUGAUUCAAAACAAAGGAGAUGCGGCUAGGCUGUUUUGCAAGGCAGCAAUGGCCGUCCUUGUAUUAUCUGUUAUGUGUACCUCGAUCCAUGGAUUGUUCGCUUGGGCUCAAAAGCUACAAGGUACGAAUGUUUCGAAACGCAUCCGGACGUUGGUGAAAUGGACAUUGUUGUUAACAGGGAUGGGAUUUACUGUGGGUUUCAUGGCUCUACUGUAUGUAUUAUUAUUUAGGGGAAUGCCUGAUCAAAUAAAGAAGAUAAGCCUAAUCUGUGGAACUUGUGGUUGCGGGGUUGAAGCGAUUUCUUCCGUUCUAUACUUUUUGUCUAUGUUGUGGAAAUCAGCAGAACUCGCUCCAACCCCGACGGUGAUCACGCUUUUUAAUUUUAAUCCAUGAACCUUCUUUCUAUGCGGGAACAAUGACAACAUCCUGUCCAAUCUUCCAUUAUUCAAGACAAUUGUUAAAUUGUGCAGUGCAUCUAUCCUCGAUACCCAUCUUUCCGCGGCUUCUCAUCCUUAUCAGUCAUUUUUUUUGUUAAACAUGUAAUUUUUUAUUUCACACGUAUGUCUCAUUAUCAUACGGAGUAUAAUCAAAACUUAUCUUUCACUUGUG